AUGUUCCCACUUCCUCUUCUUUAUGUGGGGAAUCAGGUAUCAGGCCUGUUUGGGACACAACGACUCAAGUAAGGCUCUGUCCAUAAUAACCAUCAUUUGACACAAUAAAACACAAAAGUUGUAUUAUUAAUUGUGCUAUUCUCCAGUCUCCCCAUGUUUACAGUACUUUGGAGAUUCUCCAUCUUGUUAACCAUGUUGGCAGAGGGCUUCCUACUGAAAAAGACCUUCUCUGGGUCUGUCAAGCUAACAGUGUUUGCCAUGAUUUUUGGUGCAUUUGUUGCUGCAAGCUCUGAUUUGGCCUUUGACCUCCAAGGUUAUGUAUGCGUCAUGCUGAAUAAUGUCCUGACUGCUGCCAACGGGGCUUAUGUGAAGCAGAAACUCGAUUCCAAGGAGCUGGGCAAGUAUGGACUGCUGUACUACAAUGCCUUGUUCAUGAUCCUCCCUACUGUGUUGUAUGCACACUACACUGGGGACCUGCAGACGGUUAAAAUAAUCUAUUAUGGAGUCACACUGUUAGAGUAAAUAGAGAGUAAAUAAAAGUGCAU